CGCCGCGCCCGGGCGGCCCUCGCUGCCUCCGCAGGCUGCUCUGUCACUUUAGAGAGAGCGUGAGGCUGAGCUGAGCCGGCAGCAUCCCGGGCAUUUCCAGCCAGCUCCCGCCAGCAGCCCGGCACCGAUUGAAAUUCAGGCUUCUUCAGAGAGGAGAGGAGGAGAUCCUCGUCUUCUGAAACCUCCUCAAUGAGUGCCAAGCUAUCCAAGGAGUUGAGGCUUUCCCUGCCACCUUGUCUCCUGAACAGGACGUCUGCCACCUUAAAUGCCAGCAGCACCUGCAUCACGGAAGUGGGUCAACUCUUGCAGUCCUUUUCAUCCACCCUGGUUUUAAUCGUCCUGGUUACCCUCAUCUUCUGCCUGAUCCUCCUCUCCCUCACCACCUUCCACAUCCACAAGAGGAAGAUGAAGAAGCGGAAAAUGCAAAAGGCUCAGGAGGAGUACGAACGGGACCACUGCACCCGCAGCAGCAGUAGUGGCAGCCAGCUGGCUGGGACAGGGGUGCAGGGAGAGGCAUCCCACGGAAGAGACAGCCGGCUGGGAAGAUCCCCCCAGGACUCGGAGGUCCAGUGCCCCUCUCCCCCAGCAGCCCCAGGCUCUCAGCAAGCACGGGCUUGUUUGGACACAGCCGGCACGGGGCUCUUGCAGACGGUGAUUUUGUCAUGAUGGUUUGGGGGAGACCUCACAAAGGCACUGAUUGGUGUUUGUAAAUACCUGAAUGAUGAUUCUAGUCCCCGAAGAAAAAAAAAACAACAUUGCUAAUUCAAAUGAACGAACAAGCCCAUGAUCCAAGCGCAUGACAGAUCACACUGCGUUUCUCAUUGACUGUGCAAGGAAAAGAUGCGGCUUUUUACUGGAGAAGGAGCUGCACACAGCUACCAAAUAUCAAGUCGUCCACCUGGAGCAGAGUGUCAAGGGUGGGGAGGUUUCUUUUCCCUGGAGAUCAUUACCUGGAGACCAGGCUGAUCCUGCUCUCCCGGGGUUCCCAUUGCACCUUGUGUCACCAGUGCAUGGUGUGGGUUGGGGUGUGGGUGAGUGGUGUGGGGGGAGAGGCAGGUCUGGUGGGUGUCUUGGGACCCCUUUAUCCCCUUGGGGCAGGGGAACAGCCCACUGUAAUCUCUUCUUUUGUGCUAGGAGCUAUUCCCCUGUCCUACCCCUCUCAUUCCUUUCCAGGACUGGGUAUUGUUUUGUGUAGAAACAGUCACCCUUAGUUGGGCUUAAUUGCAGGUGCCCGCUGGCCCCACAGCCCCGUGCCCCUCACCUGCAUCCUCCCCACUGUCUGGGGGGAUGAAAUGAGCUGUCUGCACAGAGCAAUGCCUGAGCUUUCCUCUCCCCUCAGCUCUCCUCAUCUUCAGAUGCCUCCCUCAUCCCCAUCCCCUUGACAAAACCCAAACCCAGUACCGUUUGUGUGGCAGAGCGAGGUGAUGUGCAGUAACUUGCCCCAUCCUCUUCUAGGGGAGGGUGUCCUUGUACCUCCUGUUGGUCCUGAAACAAAUCCAGUUCUGCACCAGGCACCCCGCACUGAAUGCCUGUGUUUACAGCUUCGCCUCCCAGCAAGGAAUCCUGCAGUAGUACAGAGCUGGCUUCUAAUUUUUUAGGCUGAUAAAUAUUUUUAACCCUGCUAAUCUAGUAGACAGAUAGGGAUAGACCACACUUAAUUUUCUCCUCAUUUCCCUUUUGGGGAAGAAACCACACAGUUGUGCAAAAUACCCGCUCCUAAACCCCGGCAAGUAUUUAUUUCAGAAGUGGCUGGUGUAGUUUCUCCCUACCAAGCACCAAGAGUUUUUUGUCUGUGGAUGGCAGGUGUGAGUAACCAGGCUGCUUGUAACUGUGUGUGUUGGAGGAAGCGUCGGGUACAGAAAAUGCAGUUUUGCUUAGUGAUUAAAUCAAUGACCAUUACUUGAAGGUGCCUUAACAGAGUGCCAUAUCCAAACUUUGAAAUAUCUUGUGUAGUAUCAGAGCAGAGGCAGCCCUCUACUGUGCGUAUUAAUGCCUAAAAAAUAGAGCAAAGGAAAAGUGAUCCUGAGGGAUUUCUUUCUUUCAUUUUUUUUUUUAUUUCCCAGCCUUCAGAGUGAUCUAAGAAGAUAGUAAUAGUCUGAGUUUUUAAUAUUUUGUAUCCACUUAUUCCUUCUCUAGUGUUCUCUGCCUCCCAGGGUGGCUGUUAGCCUAGAAAAAAUCCCAGGCAUACACAGCAGGAGUUCUGGGGCCCUAAGGUAGGAGUAAAUGCCAUUAACCAAUUUGAAACGGGAAAAGAGGGUGACAGAAGUGCUCCAUAAUCAUCUGGUAGCCCCAAAACGCAGAGGUUUCGGGGCAGUGUUUCUGUUAUCCAGUUUUAUCCUUUUCCGGUGUUGCCUGGUCUGACAGGAAAAUUGCUGUUGAGUUUGGAGCUGUGCCUGCAGCAUUUCAGGCAAGAAUGGUAUCAUCCAGCCCAAGGAGCUGCUCCUCCAGCUGAGGUUAGUGUGGCAAGUGUACCUGCAACCGACUGGUGUUUGACACUUUGCAGUUUGGUGGGGGCCGUGGCUGACUCUUCCACCAGCUUGGGAUGGUGGGAUGCUAAUGGCUACUUCAUUGUUGCCAGGCAAGGAAGUUGGCUUUGUCUUGUUUCCCCUAAUAAAGGAUGCAUGAACUUUUGUGUUUAACCUCCUUAUGCAACUGCAGCACAGUAUUGCACCACAGGGAAUAGAUGUAGGACAAUGAAAUGUGUUCAGUGAACAGUAAUGGAGAUUCUUGAUAGUCGAUCUCCACUAAAUAGAGAGAUAUUACUUUCCCCUUUAUUUUGUGCCUUUAAAAAAAACCACAAAACAAAUCCACAACAAAAACCAACAGUGUAUAAUUUUGAGUUUUAUAAAAGCAAUAAGAUGUUCCAAAUCACUCCAGUGCAUUUCUGGUUGAUGAUUCCACUUCUUUAGUGUCUGAAGUCAGAUACUCUUCCUUCUGCCUUAUGCACUCAAGGCAUGCAAUAAUUCCCCAGAAGUGUACUGCUUGUCACAUCUCAUUGCAGUUAUAAAAUUGCCCUAUUUUUCAAGAAAAAAAAGAAGGAUGGAGUGAUAAAUAUAUAUAUCUUUGUAUAUAAUUACGGAUAUACAGGUAUAUAUAUUAUUUAUAUAAUCCCAUGACACUAAAAGUAGUUGCAAAAAUGUAACUAGAAUUAAAAUGUUAUAAUGUAAAACUCUAUCCUCUGUUAAUUAGCUUUGAUUUAAUAUUUUAAUAUCUCUGUAUUUAUGUAAAUCUGUGUAAAUUAUGCGGUCUAUAAGUAAAAUUUCAUACUGACUUUAA